UGGCCGCGUAUUCGGCCCUUUACAACACGCGCGUACGAGACUUGAUGCCGAGCUGCAAUAGCUGAAAAUUAAUUUUAUAAUUUUAUAUACGCAUCGUUUUUAAAAACAUUAAAAACAUGGCCACCGCUGAAGCUCAAAUCGGUGUUAACAGAAACCUGCAGAAGCAGGAUCUCAGCAACUUGGAGAUCGGCAACUUAACGCCUCUCUCGCCGGAGGUGAUCUCGCGGCAGGCCACCAUCAACAUUGGCACCAUCGGUCAUGUAGCCCACGGUAAAUCCACGGUGGUGAAGGCUAUCUCGGGCGUACAAACGGUGCGUUUUAAAAAUGAGCUGGAGCGGAACAUCACAAUCAAGCUCGAACGCUUAAGCGAAAAAAAGAUUCAAAAACUGUUGCAAUCCAAGCACCACCGCCAGCAGUAUGAAAUCCAGCAGCUAUCACGUCUGCGGCACCUGGCCGAGAGACGACGCCACAGCCGCCUGCGCCGUCUCUGUUCCAUGCCAGCACCUCAAGCUCACGCCGACAAAAGGACCAAUCGCCGAAGCAGCAGUCAAACCUCUCUCAGUCCGAGCCACAGCAGCGGCUAUGGCAGUGCCAUUGGAUGCGAAGACCAAGACAUCACACACCCAGCCGACAAGGGAUCCUCUACUGGUCUCAAGCGCCGUCGUAGCAGUGGGGUCCACAUUUCAACUGCGAGCGCUAAGAGAUCGAAAAACAACCAGGGACUGGUGGUGAAGAAGCCGCCAAAGGGCGAAUAUGUUGUCGAGCGCAUUGAAGUCGUCGAGGUGGUUCAAUACAAGCCUGUUUUCUUUGUUAAAUGGCUAGGCUACGAUGCCAGCAACAACACUUGGGAAAGCUUCGAGAACGUGGCUGAUUGCGCCCAACUCGAGGAGUUUGUGGAUAGGCAGCUCCAGCUCUACGAGAAGUACAUAGCUCAGAUUACAAGCGAACUGGAGGAGCAGCUAGAGGACAUUCCCUUGAUGGACAAAAUAAAUGUGGCCGAGGUAGAUGCCUACGAAUCCCUGCCACUGCAGAUAGACCUCAUCCUUUUGGCCCAAUACAGGGCGGCUAGCAGUCGCAGCCAAAAGGAGCCGCAGAAGAUCGGCGAACGGGCUCUCCGGUCUAUGCAGCUCAAGAGGUGUCAUUUUGCCCGUCGCCAGCAGUUAUCGGAUCUCGCAAAGUUCGAGGAACGAAUGAACUCUGUGGAGGAGCCAUCGCCGCCCAUCAAAGUUGAGAAUAAUGUAGAUCUCGAGACCAUAGACAGUAGUUUUACCUACAUUCAAAAGAACAUUAUUUGCGAGGGUGUGCCCAAGCCGGAGGACGGACUUCUGGGCUGCAAGUGCUUGGGGGAAAACGGAGCCGAAGAGUGUGCCGCGUCCACAAAGUGCUGUGCCCGCAUGGCCGGUGAACUCUUCGCAUACGAACGGAGUACGCGACGACUGCGAUUGCGUCCCGGCAGUGCCAUAUACGAGUGCAAUAGCCGCUGCUCCUGUGAUGCCACUUGCUCCAAUCGGCUGGUCCAGCACGGGCGGCAGAUGCCAUUGGUUUUAUUCAAAACUAGCAACGGCAGCGGAUGGGGUGUGAAAACGCCACAAGCUCUGCGCAAAGGAGAGUUCGUUUGCGAGUACAUCGGUGAGAUAAUCACCAGCGACGAGGCGAACGAGCGCGGCAAGGCCUAUGACGACCGGGGACGGACGUACCUCUUCGAUUUGGACUACAAUACCGCGCAGGAGAGCGAAUACACAAUCGAUGCAGCCAACUAUGGCAACAUUUCGCAUUUUAUCAACCACUCGUGUGACCCCAAUCUGGCCGUCUUCCCCUGCUGGAUUGAGCAUUUGAAUGUGGCGCUGCCGCACCUCGUCUUCUUCACUCUGCGCCCGAUCAAGGCUGGCGAGGAGCUGAGCUUUGACUAUAUCCGUGCUGAUAACGAGGAUCUGCCCUACGAAAACCUAUCGACGGCGGUGCGUGUCGAGUGUCGUUGCGGGGCAGCGAAUUGCCGAAAGGUCCUGUUUUAGAUUCAAAUCGGAUUGAGAUCCUUUUCCAUUUUUACGGAGAGCAUCCGCGUUUUUUUUUUCAAUUCUUAUGUAUUGUGUAAGCAAAUAUAACAUCGAGGUAUUGGCAAACAUUUUAAUUAUUUAUUGCUUAUUUGCACUGCCACCUGCUUAUUUUAAUUAUAUAGCAGUCAUUACUAGUUGAUUAAGUAAGACAAUUUCUGUAUAUUUUACGAUUUUAAAUACUUCAUUUGGAUUAUUAUUGGAUUAGGUUGUAGUUGUGUUUAAGCCUCGUUUACGAUGGGCUGUUAAUUGUACAAUUACUUGACACAAAUUUCACAAUAAAUAUAAUUAUUUUGACAACUAUAAGAGUUUUUUUUUCCCUCAAGUCCUUGAAAUGCUGGGAGACUAUGGAAGUUAUUUUUCUUAAUAAAUUUAAGACUUAAUUAUAGUCAUAAUUAUAAAAUAAUAAAAUAGCGUAAGGCUAAAAAGGAUAUAGUGUCUUUAAUGGUUGCCUUACACGAUUUCAGGAUACGCCAAUGC